AGUUUCAGAAAAGUUAUCUACUGAAUACAUACAAGUUCUUCCUUUGGGUGGAGAUGUAGCAGUUCAAAUUUCUGGUAUAACUGACUGAAUGAACAAGCCAAGCCGUAAAAAAGGAAAGCAGCAUUUUAAGUUGUUAUUGUACGUCGGCAUUGUUCCGUUGCCUCGCCGCUCAGCCUCGUCCAUAUGUAAACAACGUUCGCCUUGCCUUAGCUCAGGAGGAGCCAGCCAGCAACAUGGUGCGGCUCAAGGUGCGGUGCCGGUGCAUCGUGGUGGUGGUGGUGGUGGCCCAGAUUUUUGUAGUGCUGUGGUUCUUUUCACAACCUCUGGAUCCCCCACAACAAUUCCUACAGAGAUUAUCUAGUGAAGGUGGACAGAGCAUUCUACAUUUGAAGGACCAGCCAUCAUACUAUUAUUAUGCCUCAUUUGGAAAGGAAUUGUGUGUCAGGGAGGGCACUGUGGUGGGUAAAAGCUCAGAAACUCAGUGUGUUUGUCACACUGGAUGGUUAGGACGAAGGUGUGGCAUCCCAGCUGUAUUACAAAGUUCUGCAUGGAUACAUGAACCUGAAAUGGUUAAGAGCCUACAACUCAGGAGGAGAGUGAAGCGUGUUAUACUGUUACUGCCACUGUCUCAUGAGUUUGAUAUCUUUGAGGCAAAUGUGAAUGGACUUAGAGAUUUGGUAGAUGUUUUCAUUAUAGGGGAGAGAAAAUUGAACAACAAUGGUUCUCUUCCACUUCUAGACAAACUAAAAAAUGGUUGGCUUGGAGAUCAUCAAGACAAAUUUAUUUAUGUUCCUGCUAGGGAAAGCUACUUAAGGAAUUCCUCUCAUAUCCAAGAGAUUGUUCAUGAUGGUUUGCGCCUGCUUAGUGACAUCCGCCCUGAUGACCUCCUCAUCUUAACAAGUGGUGAGGAGAUAAUAAGUCGUGAUGUGUUGGUCUUCCUAAAGCUAUUUCAAGGCUAUCCACUUCCAAUCAGAUGCCAAUUCAAACAAUAUAUUUAUGGAUUCUUCUGGAGGGUAGAAAACAAUAGAAAUGGCACAAACAUACCUCAGAUAUGUAUCUUGUCUGUAAAGUUUUUUGCCAAUGCUUUUCAGUACCAGGUGUCAGAGUUACAGGAUGGGAAUAUAUCUAAAGAAAGCAGGGAUUUUCUUAACACUAAAGACCAACCAGUUCAAGAAUGGACAAUUCCUGAAGUGGGUUGGAAGUGCCAUCUCUGUAUAUCUGCUCAGAGCAUUUUUGAAAAAUUUAUAAACUUCCCUCAGGGUCUGAGGCCAAAAUGGUUCUUAGACUCACCCUCUAGUAUGUUGCCUUUCAUUCAGAGACUUGUAAAGUUUGCUCAGGAUGAAAAUCUUAAUCCAGUCGGAAGUGUGAAUCUCCCUAGAAAGGACACCUUGCCAUCUUUCAUGUGGCAAAAUCAUGAUCGUUUCAGUUACUUGAUGGUGAACCCAUAUGAGACUAUGUCCAUCCAUAAUAUUAUUUAGUGCCUUCUCAAUAUUCUCGUUUAUAUUUAAUGGAGAAAUGAGGGCAACCAGCAUCAAAGUAAAGAUUGUUUAUUAGCAACUUGAGAUGCAAAUCAAAUAUUGUUUAUUUUAAUUAAGAGUACUUUCAAAUAUUUCUAUAGAUAAUUCCAUGGCUAAUAAAUUCAAGCUGACUUAUCAGAAAACCCUCUUUCUGCAGUCUAUAAACAGAGAAUAUCAUUGUUAUACAUGAGGAAUUUUAUUAAUGUAUAUUCAUGUUAUAAGUGGUAAUGAGUAUAUAUAUACAUAUAUUUUUUUUAUAACAACAAAAGCUUCCUGUAGGAGAUACCAAAUACAAGGAGAUUGUGAUCUGAAGGAUAUCAAGAUGUUAGAAUGUUAGAAUUACAAUUUCAUGAACGUUGUGUUUGACAGUUUGGAAUGGUAUAUGUAUGUGCAUUCAAUUAUCCUGAGAUAAAACUUUCAUCGUAUGUGGUGAGAAUCUCAAAGAAGCAAUUUCUGUUCAAAGAGUAUACAUUGUAUCAAGAAUAAACCAAAAGGUGAAAUUUUUCACUCAUGUCAGGCAUAAAAACUCACAAGCUAGGCUGCUGAUAGAUUACCAUCAAUGUAAUGUGCUAUUAUGUAGGCAAUUGGUUAGUCAUCUGGUAGUUGAGUAAGUUAUAUUAUUAUGAAAUGUCAACUCAGCUAUGAAAAAUAAUGGUAUUAAAUUUCUUUGAUAAAUCAUGUAAUUCAUGUGAUUAUGAUGGGUAAGAGAAGGAAUGCUUGGCUGGCAUGAAACCCUCCUGACAAAAUAACAGCCUUGACAUUAUUCAUGUGAUUACUUAUAUAGUUUCUUGCUGCUUUCAAAUAUGUAAUUUGAUCAUUUUGAUUUUGCUUGGUGCAUCUAGGUAUCAUAGUUCCUGAUACAGGUAAAGUUAACAAAACACAAUUCAAUGUCAAACAUAAAUAGUACUUAAAUGAAGCUGUGAUUUGACAGAUUUAGCAUGCCUUGCCCUGUUUUAUUUGAAAUUAGCAAAGCCCAUUUCCCAGAUGAUGUAACUGAAAAUUCACCUUUUAUAGUUCUUCUUUUUAAUAGUACAUUUGGCAACUUAUGAGACAAAGUUAAAAAUAAUUUACUCGGCAAUGUUUUAAUAUUGGAUCUUACUAGAAGUUUUAGUCUUAGAUUUUGGAUGUAUGUGUAUAUUUUUAUACCAUAUUGGUCUAGUUAUAUAUCAUUAAGUAACUCCAAUGUCUUCCAAUAUGUGGUUUGAAGAAACAAGCUAGGUAUACUAACAAUUGCAGAAUACUGUUGAUGAUUCUCAAAUUCUAUUGCAGAUCUACCACAGUCAUCACAUAUCAUAAUAUUUCAUGGCCUUGUUUUCUUCUUGUGCCAUAAAUAGUAGGCCUUUGUAGUUAUAUGAAAUGUUAAAGAGAUGAAAAUUAGUCCUAGAGCUUAGAAUCAAAUAACAUUACCAUGAUUCAGUACUAAAGUUAAUGUGCAUGUAAUGAAAAGGAUGAGACUGGUAUAUAGAUGGUGUCGUUU